GUCCUGCUCCCGGUUGACAAACAAUACUCGGAAUCACAACCCGCUUACUACUUGCAUGCCUACCUAACAGCUCUCGCGUCCGCGACUGCAUCUACGUAUCUAAUAAUACAUAUUACCGAAUUCAAAAUGGCCGGACUGACACCAGCCGACGCGGUGGGCACGCGCGACGCUACACGCAUUAGCCUGCGCGCGCCGUCCAAGUACGUCACGGAGCCGUCCCGAUCCUCCACGACCGGCGGCGAGCCGUUCGUCCCGCUGCCUCCCGGGUGGCUGUGGGGCACCUGGUCGGUUACGCACUCGACGCUGGCGAUGUGGCGCUCGGCGCAGAACGUGCGCAUCACCUACACGCCGCUGGGCGAGCCGUCGGCCGAGGUCGGUGCCACGCCCGUGGCCAACGACAACCUGGUCGAGUACGAGAAGAAGAAGAAGGGCGGCAAGGCCGGCGGCGUCAAGCGCGUCGUCGGCGUCGAGAAGCCGCACCCCACCAUCCCGAGCGCCUGGGUCUGGCGUGGUAAGGGCCUGCUGGCCAUCGCCAGCAGCCACUGGGAGGUCCUCGGAUGGGGCGAGCGCCCGCUCCCCCCUACCGGGGGCGACAAUGGCGACGAGGGAGCAGACGGGGCCGCCGUCGAGCGCUGGGCCGUCACGUGGUUCGCGCCUACUCUGUUCACGCAGGAGGGGGUCGACAUCUACAGUGACCGGAGGGAAGGCCUGAGCAAGGAGACGGUAGAGGAUAUCAUCGCGGCGCUGAAGGAGCUCAAGGACGCGCCCAAGGUCGUUCAGAUGGUUGAGAAAAGCCUCCAGGAGGUGGACAUCGAUUUGCCGUGGGCGGAGAGUGGAAAAUGAUCUGAAUGAUCUGGGUAUGGCAGGCGUUGAACCCGUAAUGGAUCGUGCUCGGAAUUGUAUAAUUAUCACAUAAGGAUACCCCAGAAUGGAAUGUUAAGGCACGUAUAAAGCAUUUGGGGGGGUAA